UAUACAUUUACGACAAAGUCACACACCGAGGUUGAGCUAGUUGUUUUGAAGGAAGAAUCGUACUAUCAGCAGCGAUUUGGUUGUCUGUUACAAGACUGCAUGCUAGCUGGUGGAUAUCAUAUCUAGUCGGAAUAACUAGAUACACACAAGCCUAUGGACGGUCGUCUGGCCGUAGCGUGGCAGCUACAUGCAAGACGCCAAGCAGAAGUCCACCGUGGCAAUUUGUUAGCAGCUCUCAGCUAUUGUGUGAAGGCCCUUAUCGACCAGUCGUGUUUCAAACCGAUCGACGACAACAACUACUCUCUACACAAUUUCUGUGCCGUUCUAGAACAAAUAUUAUCUCACAGACUAAAACCUCAAAUAUCUUUUUUCAGUGGUAGUGAGAUGCCCACAUUUUGGGACUACAUACGGGUAGCAUGCAAGGACGUUCCUCAUAAUUGCCUUGCCAGCAUAGAAGCAAUGGAGAAUCUUGAGACAGGACUAGGAAAGGGGCGAGCAUGGAUCCGUAUGGCUCUAUUAGAGAAGAGGCUGGCUGAGUAUCUUAGGAUAUCAUUAAGUAAUAAGAAUGUAACAAGGCAAUUUUACGAGUCGUCGGCCAUUCUACGGACAGAAGAGGGAGGAACCGUGACAAUGCUAAUUCAAGGAUUAAAUGCGAUUGAUUUUAGUUUGUGUCUAAGAGAUGGAUCAUUUGAUGUCGGAAAAUUUAUAGAAGUAGACUACACUCCAUUCUUGUCAUUUUCUCAAAGCGAUGCUGGACGAGCUGCAGAUGCUGCUGAGGAGCGAGUAGUGGCAAUGGAGAGCAGUGGCCACCGCGUCAGUGAUAAUGAUAUUGCUUUGACUAUGAGAAGAAGUCUUAAUAAUGUGGAUGGAAAUGAUGCAGUUGCUAGAGUGUUUGAAUUAGAGCAGCAACUCGGAAAAGAGAGGGAGCAAAAGAGUUUCUUUGAAGAGUGGCUUCGAAACCGAGAGAGCCAGCUUACAGAUUACAAGCAGCAGGUGGAGGACUUGAAGAGUCGCCUCAACGCUGUGCAAGAGGAAGCAACACAAGAAAGGCGACAAUAUCAAGCAAUCAUUCUAGAACUACAGCAGCAGGCGUCAGUGUUGCCUUCUAUGCGAGGUCUUCCCAUCAUGUCUCCUCAGAAUCUGGCUUAUAGCAUUCAGUAUGACAAUUCGCCAUCAUCAUCUCCUCCAACAUCUCCAGCUGCAGUCGCGUCCAACAAUAGCAUUGGUGAGAAAGUGAAGGUAACGGGUGACGGUAAGACUUUUAAUGAUGAAAGCUUGCUGACGGAAACAUAAUCAGACGAGUUGUGGUGUUCUGCAGCUUUGGAGUAAUUGUACAUUUACAGGUGGUAUCAGAUUUUGCUGUUUAUUGUAUGUACUUAUGAAUGAUUGGUUGAAUAUCAGUAGUGCAAUUCAAUUAAUGAGGUAACAAGUGAUUGAGUAACUGGAAAGGACUAUAUGUCUAUAAUUAAUAGAUGUGUUCCCCAUUUCUGGCCUUCAUUUG